AUGACUGAUUAUUUAAAGCAGCCUGCGUUUUUUGUUGGAGAAAUUGAAGAGGAUAUUAAUUUAUCCUUACCUCCCACAUCUGGAGAAGAAUAUAUUAAAAGAGUGAUUUGACAGGUUGUAUGGAAGCACCACCAAAACUUGGUCCUACGCUUGCUUGGCAAUUAUGUCAAGUGUCAGACUUUUCCAAUAUCAGACUAUACAUAAGCCAAUUAAAGAAUGAAAUUCAAACAUUAAAGCGCAAAUGGAAACCUCCAAAGAUUGAUAUGCCAAAUAUAGAUGAUGAGAAAGGUUGGAUCAAAUUCUGUUCUGGUAAUGAAAUAGAAGGGGCAAGAAUUCUCCCAACAUUAGACGUUAUCUUUUCUUUAAAUCAACCAAUGAUAGAACAAAUAUUGGAAUAUUUAGUGGAAUACAUAGAAAAAUUGGAAAAGAUUGAAUAUAAAUUGGGUCAAUGGUUAUACGCAUUGCUGGUUGUUCUGGAAAUGCCACUAAUUCCAGAAACAUGUUCCUGUUUGCGUUCACUGGCUAGAACUUGUUCUGUCAUGCGUGCAAAAUCGGUAAUAAUGAAUUAAAGAUGACACUACUCUUUAUUUUUUAACAAAUCAAUUUUAUUGCAUAUGUGUAUGUUACAUUUAUCAUUAACACAAAUCGGGAAGUGAGUUAAAGUAAUUUAAACAGAAAAAUUAUCAUUUAUAUUAAAAAUAGACAAAAAUUGCUCACUGACUGUUUUGUAGUUAAUUCACAGAGAGUGUUUCAACUUCAGUGCAUUGAAAGUUCUGUGCUUUAAAUAUAUAGCAUCUGAGUCAACUUUAUCUCUUUGCAUUUACUGGAAACAAAACAGAUUUAAGUAUAAAAUACACUUUAAAGACAUUCAUCAAUACAUAAAAAUUUUGGAAUGGCAUUUUCUAUGAAAUGAAUAAUUUAUAUUUGAUACAGUGUAUAAAAAUGUGAUAUAAAAUGUAGUAUAAUUUACUACGUAGGCAUCGUUCUUCAACUGAGAUACAGCUUUUUGAUUUUUGUUUUUAUUUAAUGUUAUCAAUAAUCAUGUAUAUGAAGUUGAAACCCUCUCCUUAUAAAACUUUAUAUUAUCUACUUCUUUUUUUUUUCUUUUACUUUUAUAGACGAAAUUGGAAGUACAUGAAAUAGGGGCACUGAAUUUAUUUAUAUGUUUAGUUGCGCGAUAUUUCCGCCAACUGGACUUGGCCGAUGAUUUUUGA